AUGGCACCCUGCGCGGCUGGGACCUACGGGGCCCCAAAGAUGCCUGGACUUUGCCUGUGCAGCCAUCUUUGGGGCUGCCUUGGUGUGUGUCCACCCAGCGGCUCAGCGUCACCGUGGGGACGGCAGCUGUAUCCAAAAGCUAUUCCAACACCGGAGAUGUCGCAGAUGUACGUUGUGAAGCGGGAUGGAAGCCAACAGGAGGUGAAAUUCGAUUCCAUCACUCAGCGCCUUCGACUCCUCUGCGAUGGCUUAGAUCCCCAGUACAUUGAUCCAGUGGUGGUGACCAAGAAGGUCAUCGAAGGGUUCUACAACGGCAUUUCCACAGCGGAAGUGGAUACUCUGGCAGCGGAGACGUGUGCUUACAUGUCUCAGAAGCAUCCCGACUUCUCCAUCUUGGCUGCACGCAUUGCAGUGUCCAAUUUGCAUAAGAACACGUCCUCGUCCUUCUACGAGACCUGCAAGGUCCUGUACAACUACAAGGACAAGCAAGGACGACCAGCAGCUCUCUUGUCCGAAGAGGUCUUCGAGUCUGUGAAAGCCAAUGCAGAUCAGUUGGAUGAGGCCAUUGACUACAAACGUGACUUUGGGUACGACUACUUUGGUUUCAAAACCCUGGAGAAGUCGUAUCUUCUCCGUGUGCACGGAAAGAGUGUGGAAAGGCCACAACACCUCAUCAUGCGUGCAGCCUGUGGCAUCCACUGUGGUGAUGUGGCAGCGACUGUGGAGACCUAUGACCUGAUGUCCAGGAAGUUCUUCACACAUGCCACACCGACUCUCUUCAAUUCUGGCACACCGAAGCCUCAGAUGUCUUCUUGCUUUCUCUUGAAGAUGAAAGAGGACAGCAUUGAGGGCAUCUAUGAUACCUUGAAGCAAUGCGCGUUGAUCUCCAAAUCAGCUGGAGGCAUUGGUGUGGCCAUCUCCAACGUCCGCGCCGGUGGCUCCUACAUCCGCGGCACCAACGGCCACAGCAACGGCCUGGUGCCGAUGCUGCGGAACUUCAACGAGACGGCCAGGUAUGUGGACCAGGGAGGCGGCAAGCGCAAGGGAUCCUUCGCCAUGUAUUUGGAGCCUUGGCAUGCGGAUGUCUAUGACUUCAUUGAGCUUCGCAAGAACCACGGCAAGGAGGAGCAGCGCGCCCGGGAUUUGUUCCUCGGCCUGUGGAUCCCCGACCUCUUCAUGAAGCGAGUGAAGCAGAACGAGGACUGGACCCUCUUCUGUCCCAACGAAGCCUUCGACAGCGAGACGGGCAAAGGUUUGAUGGACCUCUGGGGCGAAGACUUCGAAAGGCUCUAUGAAAAGUUGGAGGCUGAUGGCAAGGGUCGCAAAACCAUCAAGGCCCAGCACCUUUGGUUCCGGAUCCUCGAAGCGCAGAUGGAGACAGGCACACCCUACAUGCUCUACAAGGACCACUGCAACAGGAAAUCCAACCAGCAGAAUUUGGGCACGAUUCAUUGCUCCAACCUCUGCACCGAGAUCAUUGAGUACACCUCCCCGGAUGAAGUGGCCGUAUGCAACUUGGCGUCCAUCGCCUUGUCCUCCUUCGUGGCCGACGGUGGGCGCUUCGACUUCGAGCAGCUGCACCGGGUGACCAAGGUCGUCACCAAGAAUUUGAACAAAGUCAUUGAUCGAAAUUAUUAUCCCGUGGAAGAAGCUCGGCGUUCGAACAUGCGCCACCGUCCAGUCGGACUUGGAGUGCAAGGUCUUGCUGAUGCCUUUCUCAUGAUGAAACUGCCCUUCGAGAGUGAUGAGGCGCGGGAGCUGAACGAGGAGAUCUUCGAGACCAUCUACUUCGCCGCCUGCGAGGCCUCCUGUGAACUUGCGGAGCUGCAGGGGCCCUAUGAGACCUACCCAGGUAGCCCAGCAAGCAAGGGCCAGCUGCAGUUUGACCUCUGGAAGCGAAAGCCCAGUGGACGCUGGGAUUGGCAGGGCUUGAAGGACAAGAUUGCCAAGUAUGGGCUUCGCAACAGCCUGCUGGUGGCUCCGAUGCCCACAGCCAGCACGGCGCAGAUCUUGGGAAACAACGAGUCUUUCGAACCCUACACGCAGAACUUGUACGUCCGCAGGGUUUUGUCUGGUGAGUUUGUGCAGGUCAACCGUCAUUUGUUGAAGGACCUGAUCUCUCGUGGACUUUGGAGUGACGAAAUGCGUGUGCAACUCAUUGCUCACAAUGGAAGUGUGCAAGAAUUGGACUUGCCACAGGAUUUGAAGGAUCUCUACAAGACCGUUUGGGAGAUCAAACAACGCAGAGUCCUUGACAUGGCCGCGGAUCGCGGGGCCUACAUCGAUCAGUCGCAAUCCUUGAACAUCCAUAUGGUGAAUGCCACCACUGCCAAACUCUCAUCGAUGCACUUCCACGGCUGGGAAAGAGGUUUGAAGACUGGUCUCUACUACUUGCGCACCAAAGCGGCAGCAGAUGCGAUCAAAUUCACUGUGGAUGUGGAUGCUCUGAAGAAAAGUGGUUCAGAUUCGGACAGCACCACAGCAACUGUGAAGACCAGCAUAUCUUCCGCAUCCUCAAUGUCCUCCGGAUCGCCGGAGAAGUCUGUAAUUCAAUCUCUAAAGGCUGAGGGGCCGAAGUACACCUGUGAGAACUGCAGCUCUUAAAUUCGACCGUGAACAGCCUCAGGGGUCCCGAAUUUGGGAGGGGCGGAAAAUGGUCGGCGCAUUUGGGUGAUCAUGGAGAGGCAUCUGCCUCGUCAUGAUGUUGGUUACCGUUGGUUGGUGGCUUCAAAUCUUUGAC